ACUACCCAUGAUUUUACUCGACCUUUUCCCCUCUUUAGUCUUUAGAUGAGAACUACCUUUUCACAGUCCCUUUCCUCAUCUGCUUCCCACUCACACACACAAUCACAGAGCACUGAUGUGUCUUCUCUCUUACUCUCUGUUUCUGCACUCUCUGUGUCAGUCUCUCCCUCUUUUCCUCCUCGGCUGAGCUGAGAGAGAGUGAGAGAGAGAUUGGGUGUAAAAAGCUUUUCCCACAAUGCCCACCUUCUUCUUCUUCUUCUUCUUUUUCCUGCUCUUAUUCUGGGCACCUCUGCAGUUAUCCUGCACCAACUCCAUUGUUGGCCGCAGAAUUCUCCACGAGCCCUAUUUGCCACUCGACUCUCUCCCUCCUUCUCAGCCUCCUUCUCCAUCUCCCCCAUCUUCUCCCACUACCCCCAAGUACCCUUUUUCCACUUCCACCCCCAACCAGUCUCCGUUUUUCCCGUCCUAUCCCCCACCCCCUCCUCCUCCCUCCCCUGCCUCCUUCGCUUCCUUCCCUGCCAACAUCUCCUCCCUCAUUCUCCCUCAAUCCCCCUCUUCCAAGCACACUUCUUCCAAGCUCGUUGCAGUAUCUGCCGCUGCCGCCGUAUCAGCUGUGGUAUUCUUCGGGGCUGCGGUUUUCUUCCAUUUGCGGCGCCGUGGUUUCGCCGAAGACAAGACUUCGAGGUCCGAUAACAGUGGCAGGUUGUUCCCGGAGAAUGCCGAAAGAGGUAAUGGGACUAUCACCGUCGACGCCAGCAGUUCCGAGUUUCUGUACCUAGGCACGCUGGUCAACUCUCGGGGAAUUGAUAAUAGCUGCGUUAACGCUAACGUCGGAAAUGGUGAUGGCGGCGGCGGCGAUUUGGAUACUCGGAAGCUGAGUUCUCCGGAGCUCCACCCGCUUCCGCCGCUGGCUCGGCAGAGUUCCAGGGUUGUUGGCGGCGACGAGGAGGAGACAGAGGAGGAAGAAGAUGAGUUUUACUCGCCUAGAGUGUCGUUGAGUGUCACCGGAUCAGGCUCCCGGAGAUUGUUUCUGGCCGAGGAGAAAAAAUGCAGUGGUUCCAGUUCCUGUUCGUAUCCAUCUUCGACUUCCGGUUCGCCGGCUCGGUCUCAUUCGAUUAGUCUCUCUCCGCCUGUCAGUUUGAGCCCCAGAAGAUUGCAACCCAACUCUGCACAGCUACAAGCACCAGAUGCAUCUCCAAGACCAUCGAACGACGCUAAUUCUAGUAAAAAUGUGGGAUAUUCGUCUUCGGCAUUCUCGACUCCAGAGAGAGCUGUUGACAAGAACCCAGAUGCGUCUUUGGGAGCAUGGAAUCAAAAGGUUGAGUUAACUACUUUUCCGUCGGACAAUCACCAGGAUGCGUCUCCAAGAAUAUCAAAUGUUUCGGAUCAAAUGUCUCCGACUUCGAGGAUACUUGAUUUAGCUUUAUCACCCAAUGCUUCAGAUCGAAAUCUCCGGCAGUCUCCCACACCUUCACCUUCAUUUCCUUCUUCAUCACAGUCUCCGCCAUCUUCGCCGAAGCGUAAGUUGGAGGGAAAUUCACCGACAAGAUCCUGUCUUGAGAAGUCCCCUGAGAGAACUCUCAGUGCUACAUCACAGCUGCAUUGUAUUCCGUCUUCUCCACCUUUGACGAUCCUUGAUUUACCUUCAUCACCCAAUGAUUCAGAUCGAAGUAAUAUGCAGUCUCCCACAACUUCACUACCUUCUUUAUCGCCAUCUCCGCCAUCUUCGCCGGAGCGUAACUUGGAGGGAGAUACACCAGCAAGAUCCUGGCUUGGGAAGUCUCCAGAGAGAACUCCCAGUGCUUCAUUGCAGCUGAAUUGUAUUCCGUCUCCUCCGCCUUCGAGGAUCCUUGAUUCAGCUUUAUCAGCCAAUGUUUUGGAUCGAGAUCACUGGCAGUCUCCCACACUUUCACUACCUUCUCCAUCACCAUCUCCGCCGUCUUCGCCGGAUCCUAAUUUGGAGGAAAAUACACCAACAAGAUCCUGGCUUGAGAAGUCUCCAGAGAGAACUCUCAGUGACUCAUUGCAGCCGCAUCUUAUUCCGUCUCCUCCGCCUUCCAGUAUCCUUGAUUUAACCUUAUCACCCAAUGCUUCGGGUCGAGAUCUCCGGCUGUCUCCCACAACUUCACUACCUUCUUCAUCACCAUCUCUGCCAUCUUCGCCGGAGCGUAACUUGGAGGAAAAUACACCGGCAAGAUCCUGGCUUGAGGAGUCUCCACAGCGAACUCUCAGUGAUUCAUUGCAGCAGAACCGUAUUCCGUCUCCUCCGCCAUCGAGGAUCCUUGAUUUAGCUUCAUCACCCAAUGCCUUGGAUCGAGAUCACCGGCAGUCUCCCACACCUUCACUACUUUCUUCAUCACCAUCUCCGCCGUCUUCGCCGGAGCGUAACUUGGAGGAAGAUACGCCAACAAGAUCCUGCCUUGAGAAGUCUCCAGAGCGAACUCUCAGUGACUCAUUGCAGCAGAAUCGUAUUCCGUCUCCUCCGCCUUCGAGGAUCCUUGAUUUAGCUUCAUCACCCAUUGCUUUAGAUCGAGAUCACCGGCAGUCUCCCACACCUUCACUACUUUCUUCAUCACCAUCUCCGCCAUCUUCGCCGGAGCGUAACUUGGAGGAAGAUACGCCAACAAGAUCCUGGCUUGAGAAGUCUCCAGAGCGAGCUCUCAGUAACUCAUUGCAGCAUAAUCGUAUUCCGUCUCCUCCUCCAUCGAGGAUCCUUGAUUUAGCUUCAUCACCCAUUGCUUUAGAUCGAGAUCACUGGCGGUCUCCCACACCUUCAAUACCUACUUCGUCACCAUCUCCGCCAUCUUCGCCGCAGCGUAAUUUGGAGGAAGAUACGCCAACAAGAUCCUGGCUUGAGAAGUCUCCAGAGCGAGCUCUCAGUAACUCAUUGCAGCAUAAUCGUAUUCCGUCUCCUCCUCCAUCGAGGAUCCUUGAUUUAGCUUCAUCACCCAAUGCUUCGGAUCGAGAUCACCGGCGGUCUCCCACACCUUCACUACCAACUUCGUCACCAUCUCCGCCAUCUUCGCCGGAGCGUGACUUGGAGGAUACGCUAAGAAGAUCAUGUCUUGAGAAGUCUCCAGAGCGAACUCUCAGUGCUUCAUCGCCCAGCGAGUCGGAUCAAAAUCACCGGCAGUCUCCCGCACCUUCACUACCUCCUUCAUCACCAUCUCCGCCAUCUUCGCCGGAACGUAAUUUGGAGGAAAAUACACCGACAAGUUCUUGUCUUGAGAAGUCUCCAGAGAGAACUCCCAGUGCUUCAUCACAGCCGCAUUGUAUUCCACCGCCACCGCCACCGCCACCUCCGCUACCUAUGCACGGACACUGGGAAACUCCAGAUCCUUCAACACCCAUUGCUGAGUCCAAGCCCAUCUCUCAGCCGCCCGCACUAAUACCGCCUUCGAGGCCUUUUGUAUUGCAAAACCCAACACAGGUUUCUCCAAUUGAGUUGCCACCCAGUUCUACAUCCACAGAGAAGAGUGAGGAAACUCCCAAGCCCAAGCUGAAGCCGUUACAUUGGGAUAAAGUGAGAGCCAGCUCUGAUCGUGAAAUGGUGUGGGAUCACCUCAGAUCUAGCUCUUUUAAAUUGAAUGAGGAAAUGAUCGAGACAUUGUUUGUCGUGAACACACCAAAUCCAAAGCCUAAAGAAACAACUCCACGCUCGGUUAUUCCUUCACCAAAUCACGAGACUAGAGUGCUUGAUCCCAAAAAGUCGCAGAAUAUUGCAAUUUCGUUAAGGGCCCUUAAUGUUACCACAGAGGAAGUCUGCGAUGCCCUUUUAGAAGGAAAUGCAGAAAGUCUUGGUUCUGAAAUACUGGAAAGUUUGCUGAAGAUGGCUCCUACCAAAGAAGAAGAAUGGAAACUGAAGGAGUACAAAGAUGAUGAUUCAGUAAUUAAGCUUGGCCCAGCUGAGAAAUUUUUGAAGGCUCUGCUUGAUGUACCUUUUGCAUUUAAAAGGGCGGAUGCAAUGCUUUACAUAGCUAAUUUUGAGUCCGAGAUUGAGUACCUCAAAAAAUCUUUUGGAACUCUAGAGGCUGCUUGCGAAGAACUGAGAAACUGCAGGAUGUUUUUGAAGCUUCUAGAUGCUGUGUUAAAGACUGGGAACCGCAUGAACAUUGGGACAAACCGUGGGGAUGCUCAUGCCUUCAAGCUCGACACACUUCUCAAGCUUGUUGAUGUCAAGGGCUCAGAUGGAAAAACCACUCUUUUGCAUUUUGUUGUACAAGAGGUUAUCAGAACGGAAGGUGCUCGACUCUCAGAUACCAACCAAACUCCAAACACUACUUUGAGUGAAGAUGCCAAGUGUAGGAAGCUUGGCCUACAAGUUGUUUCCAGUCUGAGUUCAGAGCUUACCAAUGUGAAGAAAGCUGCUGCAAUGGACUCUGAUGUGCUUAGCAGUGAAGUCUCCAAGCUUUAGGGGAUUGGGAACAUCGGCGAGGUUGUGCGAUUAAACGAGACAACAGGAUUGAAUGAAAGCAGCCAGAAAUUCUCAGAGUCGAUGCACAAAUUCAUGCAAAUGGCUGAGGAGGAGAUUAUAAGAAUUCAAGCCCAAGAAAGUGUUGCUCUGUCUCUAGUGAAGGAGAUUACAGAAUACUUCCAUGGGGACUCAGCCAGGGAAGAAGCUCAUCCCUUCAGAAUCUUCCUGGUCGUUAGAGACUUUCUUACCAUUCUUGAUCGGGUCUGCAAGGAAGUUGGUAUGAUUAACGAGCGAACAAUAGUUAGUUCUGCCCAUAAAUUUCCAGUUCCAGUGAACCCAAUGCUGCCGCAAGUUAUUCCUCCAAGGCGGCAGUACAACUCCUCGGAUGAUGAGGGUGCAUGUCCUUAGUUUUAUGGCUCAUAUCAGGGCGAUCUUAAACUGCAUCUAGCCACUCCUUGAAACAACAGGUUGUGCAUAGGAAAGGUUGGAGCUCGUAUGGUUCUAACUUCUUGUAAUUUAAUUUAUAUAUUUUUCUUUGAAUCUGUAUAAAUCCAUGUAAAAGAGCUUGAUUUCGUCCUAUAGAUAAUAUACAAAGAACAGGUUUUUUUGCCCUACGUAGAACAAGCAAGUACGAUAAAUUUUUGGGAUAUGUAUAGUAAGCGUUUGAACAAUUAUCAGUGGCAAUACAAAAUGCAGUUCAAUAUAAA